AUGUCGCGAAACCGCACGACGCUACCGCGAACGAAAGAGACCCGCAAGGACGGGGCGGCCGAAAGCCAAGAUACGGUCGCUCACAAUGAUUCGCAAGGUUAUGCUACUUUGGGUUACAUGUGCAAUGAUUGUAAUACUAUAGUAAACAUUGGAGAAGAACACGAAUGUAACAUAGGAAAUAACAAUGUUUACGAUGAUUAUAACGAAAGGUUAAUUGCAGAAGUCUUUGUAAGGGAAGGCUUAUGGAAUUCCAAAUUGCCUUACAAGUUUAGAGGUCCAGCACAUUUGAAAACAUUAUGGUGUGAAGUUGAUACUUGCUUAGGAACACCUGCUGGAAGUAGCCAAAUAAAAUGGAAAAGUUUAAGGGAUCGCUUUGUCAGGGAACAUUCUUCCGUAACAACUUAUAUACCAAGUGGCAGUGGAGCUAUGAAAAAAAAGAGCAAUUGGCCAUUAUAUGACACCUUACGUUUUCUAAUUCCAACAGUGAAUUAUAGAAAAACUAUAAGUAAUCUGGAAAACAUAAAUCCAGAUUUUCAGUCUGAAAGUGAUACACAGUUAUCACUUUCAGAUGAAUCUAGUCUCGCUGGUACCUCUAAUAAUAAUACAUAUAUAAGAAAAAAAAUAAACAUCGCUCAGCAAGUACAAACAAAACGAAGUUUACUAAAGCCACAAACAGCGUUGCAACAAAAUUGUUUCAAUGCCGAAAUUUCACAAACAGCCAAAGAAUCACUUCGUUCGCCUCAACCUUCAAAAUAUAGAAAGAAACAGAAAGUUACCGAAAAUGUGGACAUGCAUUUGGAGGAAGUUCUUUUAAAGGAAUUGAAACAUACUAUACAAGUGAUGUAAAACCCGAUAAAAUAGAAAGCUUCUCAAAAUAUGUUGAAGUGUGUCUGAGAAGCAUGACUUUGGAUGUUUCGAAACGAGUAAUGAACAAAAUUUCAAUGUUACUUAUUCAAGAAGAUAAUUAAGAAAACAAUGUCUUAAAUGAUAUCCUCAUGACACAACACUUAAUGAAAAAAGUUAAUUGGUUUUCUUAAGUUUUUAUUACAAAAUUUAAUUUUUGAAACGACUUCAAAAUUGGAACCUGCUUGGUACAAAGUUUAGUUUAGCCCCGAUAGAAAUAAAAGGAUAACAAAUAUACAGAAGUUCAAGACCGUUGCAUUUGGAAUUAACGGCUGUUUCCACAAAGAUUCGUGAGAUUAUUCGUAAAAUUGGAACUUUCUAACACGAAUUGUGAACUGAUAUAUGUUACCUAUUUACAAGUUGCUACGUUCCAUUUCCUUUUUUUUCUUCAAGUGACGUCGAACACGUUUGAUACUCCGUGUAAUCAUCAGUUAAAAUAAUAGUUGAAAAAACUGUAAAAACUUAAAAAAA